GGAGCUCGUGAUGUGGCGUAACGAUUGGCGGAAUCGAACUUGAGUGAAUUCGUGCAAUACAAGGGCUUAAAUUGGUUGGAAUUUCGCUAUCAUAUAUGAAAUUCCACCACCCCUUCUUCAAAGUCUUUGAAAACAAACUUUUCAACUUGAUCCUCAACUUGAUCCUCAGCUUGACUUAUUAAUCACCAAAGUCAUUGACCAAAUACAGAGAACAACAUGGCAUCAGCAAUGACCGAAGAUACCUUCCAUCCUUUUCCAAAAUUAUCUCCCGAGCUUCGUCUUAAAAUAUGGAGAUCAUCGUUCCCUGGACCCCGAUUGAUCCGCAUCUCUCUUAUUGAAGGACAUUUCAUGAGCAAUGCCACAAUUCCUACCGGCCUUCACGUCUGCAAAGAAUCACGAGAUGAGACUCUGAUAUUCUAUAAGCUUUGCUUUGCUGCGAACCCUUCCGACGCCCGUAUAUACUUCAACGUUGACUGCGAUGUGCCACACCUUAACACUCAACCCUUGAAUCCAGGAUUUCAUCAAGCAUACGUUUAUCAACCCCUUUUCACGACACAGAAUAUGGGCCCCUCUUUAGCCACAUACCUGAGACUCUUUAGCAUAGCCCAUGCCGCUAUCAGAAACGAUAUAAAAGCCGUCUGUUUGGAAGAUAAGAGGUUCUUUAACGGUGAAUACGAAGCUCCUCCCAUGCCUUUGUUCGGGCCAGAUUGCCAGGUGUUUAGCUUCCAAGGAAUUUCCUUUCGCACGCAAGAAUUGCAAGGCUUCGAGUUUCCGCAACAGAGCUCGCGCCAACAUGCUCGAGCUCGAGAUACAUUUGGCACUUCAAAGUACGUGAACAUUAGCGGUCAUCUACCAUGUUUGCCUGUUAGCCCCUUGCCAUCAGCUCCUCUUGCUUCCCUUUUUGAACAAGUUUGCGCGGCGGAUUAUCAUGGGUUUAAUGACAUUGUCUGGCAGUUUAUUGAACGGAAGGUCAACACGACUCGUGAGGAAUCCCGACAGGUUAGUAUGAUCCAAAGGCUAGCCAUGUAGCUUGGAGAGCAGUCCAUCAAGUCUUGGUCAGGUCAGUCUAUAUUUGAGGGUCGUGUAUAUGUCUUAGAUGGAGACUGAGAUCCAUCAUUUGAUAUUUACACUUUCGAAUAUGAGAAGCAGCAUUAAAAAUACCAAUGAGAUAUUUAUACAAAACCAUCA